AAAUAACAGUUUUAUUUCAAAGUUCAAGGCUCACUGCGGUUUGUUACGUAAAAAUAUUGUUGUAGUGAUAACCCAAGUGUCCAUACGUACGGUUUAUCAUCGAGUUAAUGUUUACGAACAAAAUAUUCCAAUCAUUACAUGGAAGACGUUGAAGCUAGAUCACAAUGGGGCGACUUACACCGGAACAAAAACAAUUUUACAAAGACAACGGAUACAUAGUCCUGAAAUCAGUGCUUCCUGAAAAUGAACUGAAUGCUAUCAGCGAGGAGUAUGACAAGUUAUUCGCGAGGAAGAAUCAGGACAAGAUGGAGAGCUCCUGGGUAGGCAGUGAUGCGAACGACAGGAAGAGUGAUGCAACACAAACGGUGAAAGGGAUCCACAACCUGCAGUACCACCAUGCAGUGUUCAACACAUUCCUCUUCAACAAGGUCCUGUUGGAUGCGCUGGAAGAUAUCAUGGAGACCAGCAACAUCGUGUUGCAUCACACCAAGGCACACUUGAAGCCUCCUGAAAAGGGCGCUGCGUAUCCUAUGCAUCAGGACUAUCACUACUUCCCAUACAAGCACGACUCCAUGAUAGCUGCCUUCCUGCACCUAGACGCAGCGGGGCCCGACAACGGGGGCCUGUUCGUGUACCCUGGCUCUCACAAGCUGGGCCCUCAGGAAGACAUCGGCGCCAAAGAGUCUAACUUCCACUAUGUAGAUCAAACAAAGUUCCCGUUUGAAAGAGCGGCACCAGUGGUAUGCGAGCGUGGUGACGUGGUGGUGUUCUCGUACCUGCUGGUGCACGGCAGCCCGUGUAACACAAGCUCGCGGCCGCGACGCAUGCUGCUGCUGCAGGCGGCCGCCGCGGAGGACGAGCCGCUCGGCCGCCAACCAACGCGCCCUGGCCAGGGUUGGCUGCUCCGAGGAACUAACCUCAACAGAGACGCCAGCAUAUCAAACAGAUUUGAAACUAACUAAGGACAGUAACUAAUAUACGGAUAAUACUUUUGAAAAUAUAAAACAAAUUGAUGUCUUUAUACAAUAACAGCCAAUUCCGUAACUCAAAGUCCUCGUACAAUUCAGCAACUCAUAAGAACUCGGCGCUGCCCAGGAACCUGCGCACCACCAGAGUAGGUGAUUGGGGACGUAAGGCGGUUUGGGCUGCAGCACUCCGAUCAAACUGGCCUAUGCGUCCCGCAAUCAUCCGCCUUGGGUCGAUUGUCCUCAAUACUGAGGGUCAUGACCUCGACGAAUCACUUUCACGUGGACACGUAGUUCGUGUUCAUGGCCUGUC